UAUCCUCCUGCCUGUAGGUGCUGAAGCGCUCAGCUCUGUUCAGUACCCGCAGCCAUGGCUGAAAUCAAGACUGGCAUUUUUGCCAAAAACGUGCAAAAGCGGCUCAGUCGGGCUCAAGAAAAGGUCCUGCAGAAACUGGGAAAGGCAGACGAGACAAAAGAUGAGCAGUUUGAACAGUGCGUGCUGAACUUCAAGAGACAGGAGACGGAGGGUUCCCGGCUACAGAGGGAGAUGAAGGCUUACAUAGCAGCUGUGAAAGGAAUGCAGCAAGCCUCCAUGAAUCUGACAGAAUCGCUCCAUGAAGUCUAUGAGCCUGACUGGCAUGGCAAGGAUGACGUGAUGUCCAUUGGGAAGAACUGUGAUGCAUUAUGGGAAGAUUUCCAUCAGAAACUGGUGGACUCCACACUUGCUGCACUGGACACAUACUUGGCUCAGUUCCCUGAUAUCAAGGUGCGUGUGGCAAAACGAAGCCGAAAGCUAAUCGACUAUGACAGUGCAAGGCACCAUCUUGAGACCCUGCAAGUGUCUGGGAUUAAGAAUGAUAAAAAGAUUGCAAAGGCAGAGGAAGACUUGAAAAAGGCCCAGAAGGUGUUUGAUGAUCUGAACGUGGACCUUCAGGAUGAGCUGCCCACCCUGUGGGACAGUCGAGUGGGAUUUUAUGUAAACACCUUCAAGACUGUCAGCAGCCUAGAAGCCAAAUUCCACAAGGAGAUCUCCUUUCUCUGUCACAAGCUGUAUGAGGUGAUGAUCAGGCUUGCUGACCAGCACUCAGAUAAAAUGUUCACCAUCCAAGGCGCCCCCAGUGACUCGGGCCCCCUGCGUCUUGCCAGGACUCCAACGCCUCCUGAGGACGAGAGCCCAGAAUGCAGCCCCGUGGCCAGCCCCAACCACACACUGAGGCCAACUUCCCCUGGCCCUCCUCGACCCAAAUCCCCUUCACAGCUCAAGAUUGGCCCUCCAAAGCCUCCUCCUCCCAAAGUUACUCCGAACAAGGAGGUUGCACAGGAGCAAAUCAUUGACCUGUUCGACAGAGGCUUUUCAAGUAUCAAUGUCACCUUACCACAGAUGAGCGAAAAACUCGGAGAAUCUCUCCUGGACUUGGACUUUGAUCCAUUCAAGCCAGACAGCAAUACAGCCAUUGGUCAGACUCAACUGCCUGCAGCUCAGGCAUUGUCUUGGGACCUUUGGACGGAAAAUACUGAGGCCCAGCCUGCUCCAGAUGCUGGCUUCACUGCCAAUUGGAAGGCAGACUUUGGCUCCACUGCUGAAGAUGUGGGAGGUGUUCAGCCUUCAGAUGGCAGGCAGGGUUGGCCUCCUGCAGAAGGCUGGCCCACAGAGGCAGCACCUCAAGAAGAAGCAGCUCCAGGCGAGAUGGAUGCCUCACAUACAGCAUUCGUGGCAGACUUUGAUAAAAUGUCUGAGACUGAGGCCCCAAAGGAGGUGGCAGCUGGUGCAGAAACAGCCCCAGAAGGGGAGGCGGCAGUGGCUGCAGCCCCACCCCCAGCCACACCCCCAGGUCCAGCCACGCCCCCAGCCACUGAGCGCUCUGAGGGCGCUGAGGGCAUUGAGGGGCCAGUUACUCCUCCUGCAGAGAGCACAAGUGAACCAUCAGUGACCACAGGUGCUACCAGCCCACCUGCAGACACAGCUGCUAGUCCAGCGGAGUCUCCCGCAACUGCUGACACUGAUGCAGAGGAGCAGGCCAAGACAACGCCAGAUGAUGUCACAGAGAAAGAGCAACUCCACCAAGAGGUUCCGGCCACUUCAGAAGAUAAAGAGUCUCCUAUUGAAGAGACUCCGGAGAAGAUGCCUAUUCCUUCUGUUGUAAUUGAGCCUGCAUCUAGCAAUGAAGGUGACGAUGACCGUGAUGGUGACAUCACAUCUCCGACAGCAGGCAGUGGUAACGAGGUGACACCAGACAGCCAGACAGCCAAAGACAUCUCCUCUGGCAUGCCACCAGGUUUCAAGUACAAGGUAGAAACAAUGCAUGACUUUGAAGCAGCGAACUUGGACGAGCUCAACCUGAAGAAGGGAGACAUAGUUCUUGUUGUUCCUACAGAGCUGGUGGAAGACCAGGAUGCUGGUUGGCUCACUGGCAUUAAGGAGAGUGACUGGCUGCAGCAUGGUGCCUCGGCUCAGAAAGGACUCUUCCCUGAGAACUUCACACAGCACAUGGCCUAAGCCUCCUACCUCUGGAGAUCCAGGGCACCAGGUUGGCAUGAGCCACACAGGAGCCACCUAACGCGGAGUCUGGUGCCCUGACAGACGGCUGUCGUUCAGAGUGCUACGAAGAAAACCGUGUCUAAGAAGAAAAUUAUACAAUUGACCAAAAGUAAAAAAAAGAAAAAGGGGGGGUGGGAAAAGCAGAAUGAACUCCUACUCAGAGCUUAAAGAAAAUAACAGAGCAUGAUGCGAUAGUGUGGUCUACCUUUUCUCCCCAAAACCAUGAUCUAUUUGUUUUUGUUUGUUCAACUGUAAGCAGCAGAAAAUUGAUGUGUGCUUUGUUGGAACUGUGGUGACCCCCACAUGUAAUCCCUCUGUUUAAAGGAAAACUAAAAAUGUGAAUUCUCUAAAGACAAAAUAUACUUUUUCCUCUGCAUCAAGUAUAUUGUACUGAGUUUGUUGCUCUGCAGCAAAUUUUAUCAGAAUUUGUAGUGAUAUGAUCUAUUUAACUGUUCUAAGUGUUACACGAGACUUCAAUGUUUUCUUUGAGGCACUGCAGACCUCAAUGUUAUCUUGCAUCAUUGUUAGUGUUCUCUGUAGUUUUCAUGGCUCAGUGUACAUGGCUAUGGUGAUAAUAUUCGGCGUAACUGACGACAACAUUUCUAGACAAAACUUGCUGUUCUCUUGCCAAAUUGAUAAAAAUUAAUUAAAAGGAUAAAUGUGGAUAGUUGUUGAGUUAUGAACAUGUGUAAUAUUUUAGGAAGAAAAAGCCUGAGAACUUGACAGAGCUUUGCAAAAUGCAAAACACUGAUCUCUAUUACAAAACCAUCCUUAUAUCCACAAUUACAUUAAAUUAAAAAAAAAAAAUCCUGUAGAUGUGUUUGAAAAAAAUGUUGAAUGAAGAUUUCAGGUUGUGAGAAAUUAUAUUUAUUUAACUUUAUAUUUUUUAAGCUGAAGCUCACAGAGUUCUGGGGUGGAUCGGCAAAAUAUGCAAUAUAUGUCAUUGAGUUUGUUCUUGGUUGUUCCGUUUAGAGGUAAAGGUCACUCCUGUGUUUAUAUUGUUAGCCUUCACUGAGAUAUUUUGUGAUGUAUAUAUCCAUGUUAAUUUAUCUUUAAAGUGAAUAAAUAUUACUUCAUAUGGUUA